CCCCUUGCUGGAUGCCAGCUGGCUCCACGCGGAGGGAACUACAGCUCCCAGACGCGCCGUGCUGGAGGGUCGUGGGGCCCAGGUUUGAAGCACUGAGCAAGUGAGCGCGGGCUGCUGUCUCUCCGCUCGCAGCGGCUCCAUCCCCGCAGAGGUGCCGUGCACAGAGGCGAGGGGAGGGCGAGCAGAGCCCUCCCUGCCCAGGCGGCGAGCAGGACACGAGGGUCUGCCUGGCUCUCACCUGGGAAAGCAACAUGUCUGACAGGACGGAUGCUGCCCAGCCCGUGUCUCCCCCAGGCGCUGGUGACGUUCGAGGACGUAGCGGUGCGGUUCUCGGCCGAGGAGUGGGCCACGCUGGCAGGCUGGCAGCAGGCGCUGCACAAGGAGGUGAUGGAGGAGACCGCCCGGCUGCUGCUCUCGCUAGGUCAGUCCGUCCCUGCCCUGGCUCUCCUGUCCUUGACUGACCAUCAGGAAGCGGCGGGGAGGCUGUUUGCCCGUGACGCCGUGGGGAGAGACCUCAGUGGCGAUGGAGGAGAAGAACGGGCUUUCCCAGGGGAUUACCCAGACGCAGAUGUGCCCUGGGACCUGGGGCAGGUGGAGGAGGACGGGUCCCCCCCCGGCACCCAGGAAGGGGAGCCGCAGGGCAGCCUGCAUCUCAGCGCCCUGAUGAAGCUGGUGAAGGAGAUCCCCGAGUUCCUCUUCGGGACCUCCAAGGCCCCCGCAGACCCAGCCGAGGCUGCCGGGAGCAGCGAUGCCGCGACGAGCACUGAGCCUGCUGGCGUAAAAACAGAGGAGCCCCCUGAGACCCCUCACCCCCCUGGCCUGGAGAGCGGGGCAAUGGAUGUGGCUCUCAGCUGGCCCAGCCACCCAGAUACCCCCGCCAGCUCCGUGUCCACCAGCAGCGCAGAAGGCAACGAGCGGGGAUCUCCCCCGGGGAGCCUGUAUGCAGACAUACCGAUGGAGAACAGCCCUCUCCAGGGUCUGCUGAACUGCCUGAAGGAGAUACCCACCCACCUCAGUGACAUGCAGGGAGACAGGGGACAGACGAGGCUGGAGAUGGAGACAAGGGCCUGGCAAGCCACCGGGAGCAAUGACAGCUGCAGGACGGGGGCUGAUCCAUGGCCUGUAUCAGCCGUGAAGACUGAGGUGAUGGCAGAGAGCUCCCCACUCCAAAGUCUGGAGAACUGUUUGAGGGACCUGGCUGCUGCGGAGAGGCCCAGUCAUCCUGGCACACCUGAGAGCAGCCCCUGCAAUGGCAGCUCCAGGCAGGAGCAGGAGCAGGUGCAGGUGCAGAGGAGCCUGGAGCUGAGGGCGGGGAGAUGCCCCAGUGAAGUGCAAGCUGCGGCAGGCACCCCUGAUACCAUGAGUGACCAACCCGGAGACAGACAGGGUCGUCCCAGCUCAUCCAGCAGUGCGGAGGGAGAGAGGGAGCAGAGGGGGCUGCCACGAUGCCAGGAAGCAGCUGUGCCGGCUGAGGAGAGCCCCUUGCAAGGCCUGCUCAACUGCCUGAAGGAAAUCCUCGUCCGUGCGCCCCGGUGUCCCCCCUCGCCGCCCAGCAGGGCAGUCAGUGGCAGGGCUCCAGGGGAGAGCCUCCCAUCCCUUCAUGUGAAGACAGAAGCAGCCUUGGGAGCUCCCCACGGCCCCGGGAGCCACCGGGCCCUGGCAUCCUGCAGCACCUCCACGGGCCGGGCAGCAGGACAGCGGUGCCUGGAGACCCUGGGCAGGAGCUGCUGGGGGGAAGGUGCAGUGAAGACCGAAGGCAGCGCAGCGCAUUCCCCGCCCCGGGGCCCGUCCAGCGGCUGGACAGAAGCACGUCGGCUUGUGAAAACAGAGGCCGGGACGGAGGAUGCCACCUGGCAGAGCCGGCUGCAAUGCUCGGAGCAUGCGGCUGCAUGCAGGCCCUGUGCCCCCAGUGCCCUGCCUGGCCCUGUCUCUCCCCACAGCCCGGAUGGGGACAAGGCACUGUGGAGGGUGCCACUGGGGCCCUGGCACUUGUACCCUCAAGGUGGGCGGACACGCCAGACCUACGCUGGGAUCUGUGCUAUUUCUGAAGCAGAGCCGACUCCGGGGACCAGCCCUCUCCAUGGCCUGGUGAACUGCCUGAAGGAAAUACCCGUCCCCAGCGCCAGUCUGUCCAGCCUGGCCGGAGCUGAGGCAACACCGAUGAGAGCAUGGCCUGGAGAGGACGUCAGUGCUGAGAGCUCGCCGCUGCGGGGCCUGGAGAACUGCCUGAAGGACAUCCCCAUCGCCCAGCCGCGCCAGGUCCACCUGCCGGUCUGCCUCCCCUGCGGCAGCCCCUUGCAGCGGCCUCCCGGGAUGGCGUGGAGGUCACUGGGAGAAGACCUCGGUGCCGAGACCUCCCCGCUCCAGGGCCUGGAGAACUGUCUGAAGGAAAUCCCCGUGGCUGUCCACAGCCGAUGCGUCACUCCCGCCAGCAGAUCCUCGGUAGGCAGCACGCCGGAGGGACACAGGGGGCCUGAGCUGGCCACGCGGCCCCUGAAAGCUGAAGUUAAGAUCGAAGCUCUUCCAGAGAGUUCCCGUCUCCACGGCCCGGGGAGCUCUGAGAAAGAAGUGCCGCAUUAUCCCAGCAAGCCGGCUUCCUGCAGUGUGGAAGGAGACCUGGGGCUGAGGCCAGCGGAUGCUGGAGCCUGGCACUCGUACGUGGACGCAGGAGCAGCCACGGAGGACACGCCACCGCUCCGGGGCCUGGAGAACUGCCUCAAGGACAUCCCUGUGCCUCGGCCCAGAUGUCCCAAUGCAGCAGCUGGCCCCUUACGAGCCAGCCUGGCCCAGGCGGACGUGGAGCAGCGGAGGGCAGCGCCGUGGCCCUGGGGAGCGAGUGCAGGAGCCCAGGCGGCCUCUCCCAUCACCUGGGCUCCUCCCUGUGCCCUGGAGAUGCACCGGCUUGGCCCUGACGCUGGGGGCUCUGGCCUUGCUCCCCCAGCAGCAGGGGAUGAGUGUCCCCUGCUCCGCGGCCUGAUAAGCAGCUGGACGGAGGUGCCUGUCUGCGGACCCAGCACCUCCAGCACCGCCUCCGCCGGCAGCACCGAGACGGAGCCCGACCCACGGAGCCCCGGGAUCGGCAUGUGGAGUCGGUGCCACAACGGCGCCAGCCCCCAGAGCUCCCCUCUGCAGGGGCUGCAGAACUGCCUGAGGGACCUCGCCGCCCCCGCGGGCUGCACCGCCAGCCCCCCGGCUGCGAACGGGCCUGCCGGCCGUGGGGUGCAGAGGAAGCCGAAGCCCUGGCUGUGCACGCUGGAUGCUGCAGACGCAGCCCCCAAGCACUCCCCCCUGCAUGGCCUGGAAAACUGCCUCAGGGACCUUGUGAGCGAGGGACGGUCUGGCUCCAGCAACGGUGACGUGCCGAAGCCCGAGAUGUGGGCUCCGCAGGAAGAGAUCGGGUACGAGAUGGCAGCUGGCAGCCCCUGCCCUGGCCCAGAGGGACCUCCCACCGCCAGCCCCGCACGCCGUGAGGCACCAUCCAGCCCUGCGCAGGGGGAAGAGGAUACCUCCACGAGGGGCACAGUGGCUCGGGAGGCAGCCGCAAGCAAUGGCCCGAAGAGCUGGGUGGAGGACAGUGCUGUGCACAGCCCCCAUUGCUCCAGCACGGAGGACCAGGAGCUGAGAAGGUUGGAGCUGGGAGCCGGGAGAUGCUGCAGAGGAGAAGCGACGAGGGAGACCUCCCCACUCCAUAGCUUGCUGGGCUGUCUCAAGGAGAUCCGCACCGCGGGGCCAUCUCCCUCCCACGCACCAGACAGCAGCUCAUCUGCUCACGGCACCCGGUGCAACAGGGCCCAGGAGAGAAUGGGCAGCAGGGCCGGGACCCCGUCUGGCGAGGUCCUUCCAUCAGAAGUGGGCCCUGCGGACGCCCCUCGCUACAGCGCAGCAUCCUGUGCCGAGAGACCACCUGGAAAUGAAGCCGGUUGCUCUGACGCGCAAUGCGGCAUGUCUGCCGGCAGCGCUCAGGUCCGCGGGUGUCUCAGGAGACCGGAGAAGGGCUCGAAGAGACCGCAUCCUGCAGCCCAGGGGGAUGCUGCUCGGCUCCCGAGGUCCAGCUCCCGCGGUCCUGAUGCCUCUGAGCAGCAGACGGAGGCAGAGUGGGACACGUCCCCCAAGAAGCAGUGCCCCACCGCAGCCCCCAGCGAGUCCUGCAGCUGCGAGAGCCACACGCCGCAGGUCUUCCAGGUGGAAACCGGUCACUUCCAAGCCGUCCUCUCGGAGAAGCUGGACCGAAUCUCCGAGGAUGUCGCCACCCUCUGCAGGGAUGUCUCGAGCAUGCGGCGCCGCAUGGCGCGGCUGGAGCAGGAGGCGCGGGGCUGGGCCCGGGAGGCCACCGCCCUCCGGAAAGGCAGCCAGGGCCUGAGCAAGACCCUCAGGCGGCUGGAGCACCGCUGUCGCGCGCUGGAGACCCGCGCCCGGCGCAACAACCUGAGGCUGCUGGGGCUGCCCGAGGGCACGGAGGGUGGGGAUGCCAUUGCCUUCCUACAGACGGCCUUGCCCGGGAUGCUUGGGCUGCCCGCUGAUGUCCCGGCCCUGGAGAUCGAGAGCGCGCGCCGCGUGCCUGGGGGGACGCGCUGCGACCCCGCUGCCACCGCCCGGCCCCGGGCGCUCGUGUUCCGGCUGCUGCGCUUGGCGGACAAGGCGGCCGUCCUGCGGGCAGUGAGGAAGCGCGUGGAGCCGCUGGUCUGGGGCGGCACACGGGUGGCCAUCUUCCCCGACGUCUGUCCCAAGCUGUCCCGGAGGAGGAGAGCCCGGCACACGGCUGGCGGGCACAUCUGGCGGGCGGCAGAGCUCCGUGUCAGCCCUCGGCCCUCCGGCUGCCCACGAGGACGGCGGGAGCUGCUGCCUGGCCCCAUGGCGGGCACCUGGGACAGAGAGGAGAGGGAGGGCAGGGACCCGUCUGGGCACUGAAUGUGGACUCGGCCUCACUCGCUCAGCUUAGCCCCGCUUUGACGGGUGCCUCUGCUCUGCGGGGAGACGGCAGGCCUGGCCGGCAGGGCUUGGGGCGCACCAGCCCCAGAGUUUCAGCCUGCCGCCAGCGCUUCGAUUCCCGGGUGCCUGGGCUCUGCCCCUGCAGCUCAGAGCCCCCUGCCACGUGCUCUCAGCAGCUUGGACACGGCGGUCUUGGGGUUAUCAGGCAGAUCGUGGUACUUGUGUGCCGAUCUCUCAUUCGUGAGCUGCUCAGGGGGUGGCCGUGAGCGCUGGUCUCGCCCUGGGGGUCGUGUCUGUCACCCUGACAAGCCCCCUCGUCCGCUGUCUCCUGCGUAGAUCUCCACAGCUGCAUUUUUCCACCAUGGCCCCGUGACUUGGCUGCAAUCCCUGACAGGGCCGUGGGGCCUCUCGUCUGCCCUGGGCAGGGCAGCGCCUGGAGCCUUUGGAGAAGGGGCUUAACCUCACACCUGCCUUUCAGCCUCCCUUCCCCCUACCCCGUCUUGCACCUUACUGCACCCAGCCCUGCUCUUACACCCGUCAUCCCAGGGCGCACUCGGGCUCCGCACCCCUGCUCCUCCCCGCCCGUGCCCCGCGCUCUCCCGGGGGUUGCAGGUGUGGCUCCCCUGCAAGGAGCAUGCAGCAGCGGGGAGCGGGGCUGUGCAUCCUCAGGGAUCUCUGUGUCCGUGCUCUGUCCUGCUGGUGCCGGUGGCUGUCACUGCUCCCCCAGGCUCUCCGCACCUUGCAUUGUUCAGCCACAUUAAACCUUGGUUUGCAAA